AUGAAUUCACCAGCUGUUGACCGACUUCAUGUCGAAAUCCUUGCCCAUAUUUUCUGGCUGGUAUACUCUUCGAACCACUACAUUUCAUCAUCGCGUGAACAUGAGGAUGGACAUCUUAUAGAGAUGGAAUUCCCCAGACAAUCCGAGACAAUAUCUCACGUAUGCUCAACAUGGCGACGCGUUGCUCUCGCCGAGCCAUCUCUUUGGUCACACAUGAGCAUUCCUAUUAAUAGAAAUGUCGACCAGCAGCUCCUCGCUUGCACUAAGGCCUACGCUCAACGGACAUGUCACCAUCCUCUCCAAAUCCACUUAUACUAUAGAGAGAAUAUAUGGAUGGAACAUCCCUUUCACGCGCACUUGGCCAAAUAUGGAAAUAUACGCAAACUCAAGUUUACAGAGGCCGUCGUUGCACCUAUCGGCUCGCGGCUAUUCGACAUCUUUAUGUUAUAUGAUCGUCAGGUCCACUUCUCAGCCAUAGAGCAUUUUCUCACCAAUUGUAUAACUGGAACGCUCAUAAACUACGUUACACGAGUGGGAAUUCCGCGGGAGCAACUCUUCAUCGGACCUAACAACUCCGAAACCUCACAUGGCCUGGUCAACACUCUAGGCCUUCCCGAAUCACAGCUGGAAAGCCAGUGGCGUUCCAUGAAGUUCCUGGACGUUAGAGGAUUAUGUAUACUCUGGACGAGUGGGCUAUACCAUGGUCUCGUAGACUUUCGACUAGGGAGCAACGUUUCCGAAAUGACUGAACUUGAGUUGGUCGAAAUUUUGAGAGUAUGCCCAAACCUGCGUACACUUCAUCUCAUGAAUCAGAUACAUAUUCCACUCCUGCGCGGCUUUCCAGCUAUAGAGGGAGUUCCUGUGACGCUCAAAGAGCUCGAGGUGCUGAAUAUUCAAGACUUGGAAGCAUGGGGCAUUGAAAAUGGCGAGAUUUUGCGGUGGAUACAGCCUGGCUCUAGGCCUUUGCAGUUUACAUAUCUUGGAACAUCAACAGAGGCUCUCGCACGAUUUUUUGGACGCUCCAACGUGACAAAGUUCUUUCAGCGUGGGUGGGAUUUAGGUACUCUACUUGAGGUGCUACGUAUGGCUACCCGAAUUCAGACACUGGUGCUCGAUGCCUUCGAGUUCGAAGUUGACACUAUCACAGCUCUGGUCCACCCGGUGAACGAAGAACAAAUGAUCAUUGGUCCUGUUCCGGUCCGUAUCGAUCGACUGUACCUGUUUGGAUUUGAGAAACUCGCGCUUGCUGAUAUCCAAGAGGCGAUCAACCAGUUCUCAGUGAAGGAGCUGUUUCUUUGGAAGUGCCGUUUGCUGUGUCCGUCGAAAACUGGGCCGAAGAUCUAUGAGAACGUGGAUAGUAUUCGGGAGUGGCUAUCCAGUAUUGAGAAUUGCCCUCUUGUCGAGUAUCUCACUGGUGAUACACAACCCAUCGAUCCUGAAAACUGGAAAUAG